GAAUAAACGGAGGGGUUGUGGCUUGUAAACAUGAUGGAGAACGACGAGCAGGACGUUGUUUCUAUGGUUGAUGUCUUGCAGCAAGAUAAUGAACUUGAAGAAGAAGCAGCAGCAGUGCUUGGUGAUAGUGAUGAUAAAUGUUGCACAUAUCCGAUGGGCUAUGUGAGCAGACAAGCUCUGUAUGCUUGUUUAACAUGCAGGGGUAAUCGGGACUCUUUGGCAGGUAUCUGUUUAGCUUGCAGCUAUGAAUGUCAUGAGGGUCAUGAGUUUGUGGAGUUGUACACAAAAAGGGACUUUCGUUGUGAUUGUGGGAAUACAAAGUUUCCCAACUUGACUUGCAAGCUCAUCAAAAUUAAACAAGCAGUGAACUCAGAAAACCAAUACAAUCACAAUUUCACCGGAGUCUACUGCACAUGCAACAGGCCUUACCCCGAUCCCGAAGAUUCGAAUGAGGAUGAGAUGAUCCAGUGUGUGUUGUGUGAAGACUGGUAUCAUGGUAGGCAUAUUGGAUGUAGCAGUGUACCAGAUAGUGACGGCUACCAAGAGAUGGUGUGUGAGACAUGUAUGGACAAAUGUGACUUUCUCUGGAACUAUACUCUCCACAGUGUAGAAACCAAAGUUGUGAAAGAGGAAACAUCUUCCAACAUCGAUGUGACGUCUACUGACGAGAAUAAACCAAAUUCAAGCAAAUCCCAAGAAAACCCUUCUGCCAAUGGAAGUAGCCAUUCAGUGGAUACUAAGGAUGCAGCAUCAACAUCAUGUGAUAGUGUGACAGUGAACAAUGAAGCACAGAGUGAGGGAAAUACUGGAAUAGAUUCCCAGACAUCAGGUCUAGCUUCUUCUGACAGUGUUUCAUCUGCAGUAAUGGGUACUGUCUCCAAGGAAUCAUCAAGCACUUCAGCCAUUGCAACGGUUGCUGGAUCCGAUGGUGUUUCAUCUUCGACCGACUCCAGCAAGAUGUCAGGUGCAGGAGAUGCCAACAAAACUGAUACCUGUCCAGAAAGCAGUGUUGCAAGCAGUUCUCAUGGCAGCAACACUGUUAAAGUGGAAUCAUCAGCUACAAUAUCUGUAACUCUAUCAGCAACCAAGAAGGAUGAAGCCUCAACAUCUGAGGCAGCUUCAUCAUCGUCAAAUGCUACAACAUUGCUAACCCCAGAUGACAAGCGAGUCUCACUAGCUCCCGCACAAGGAAGUGCAGAGGAAGACUUGACAGCAGGAGAUUGCCGACUGAAGCAGCUCAGCAACAGAACGGUUGAAAGGAAGAAGGGUUCUGUUUUCUGGCCUAUUGGGUGGAGAACCAAGCUUUGUACCUGUACAGAAUGCAAGGCAAUGUAUGAUAGACUGAAGGUGAGUUUCUUGCAAGACCCAAACGAUUCUGUGGCAGCCUAUGAGGAGAGAGGGAAGGGCAAGCGUAAGAGAUCACAGUACGAUCAGGGAAUGGAGGCUCUCUCUAACAUGGAUCGUGUGCAGCAAGGCGAGAUGAUGCAUGGCUACCAUGAUAUGAAGUCAGCUCUCAGUGAUUUCCUGAGGAGCUUUGCUGAGCAAGGAAAGGUGGUAACAGCCAGUGAUAUCCAGGAGUUCUACGAGAGUCUGACCAGAAAGAGGCAAAGGGUCGGGUCUGCGGGGAGUAUGCAGUACAUGUGUCGCUAAACGCAAUAUACAUGGAUAAAAGACCAGUAGGCUGUCCUGGCAAUGAGAAGGAAUAAUUUACCAGGGUGUGAAGGCGUCCAGAAUCUGGCAGUUUCCAAUAGACCAGUUUGAAGUUAGUACAUUACAGAAAUGGGUUAAAGCUUAUCUGCCGUAGUUUACAGGAGGGAUUAGACUGCCCUGCAAGGUCACUGGACAGGUGGUUAUCUCAUCAACUCUGCUCUCAGUUAACAUAA